AUGUCAUCGAUCCCACAAGACACCGAUGUAUCCAGCGUGACCACGGGCUCCGACUUCAUUUCGCCCCACUCGUGUCCAGCCCCGGACACCGACGACGACGGGGAAGUCUGGUACCAUUGUACAGCUGGAUGCCCUCAACAGCCGUCUGAACUCACGAACGACGGCCAAUACACCAGAGGGAUGGGCAGUUGCUACAGCCCCACAACACGCGCCGAGAUGUUGGAGCAACGGUACCAUCGAGUUCUUGACACUGUCUCGGCCCGGCUCGAGGUUGAAGGGAAAGGUCUCUUACUGCCCCGGCUACAGGCAGCUCUCACCGCACUCAAAGCCUCAGCGAAGGAUCUGACAUUCACCACCAUCGGAGAGAAGCUGUCGGAAAUGAUCGAAGGUCGCAUCGUUUCGUUGCAGGACCCCGGAACGCGGCCAUGCCGUUCCGCCUACAAGUCGAUCAGGUUCAGCGACGGCUGGGAUGAGCUCCUCACCCGGGAUCUCGCCAAGGCGAUCAUCGCCACAAAAGACACACUCAGCAUCCAGCAGGUUCUCACCGACGCGUACUGUCUUCUCGCCGAACCGUACCGGUGUGCCGAGGAAUACAAGGACGCUUGGCCAUCACUGAAGUACGAGGUCGAGAGGCUUGUGAAGCUCCGAGGGACUCAUGUCGACGAGGCCAUGGAAGCCGAACGUCAGGCAGAGCGAUGGGCUCCAGUCAUCAGCACUGAACUGGAGGAAUACUGUGACGUAGAAGGCUGCGACAGCGCUACGACUGCGAUUGGGGCGGAAAUGUCCGAGAAUCAAGGCCUCGUCCAGGUCAAGCAUCACGAUGAGUGGUCGGCGUUGGGGAAAGAGCGCUGGGACUGUGUGCUGCACUUCUCAAAGAUCAUUGAUCGGGUCAAGAUGGCUAUGAGUGCGCUCCCCGACCCCCCCUCGCAGGAGACGCAGGAGAUGGACAUGGGGCGUUCUCAAGUCUCUCUCGACAGCGCAGCCUGCACAACUCGAAAUUUGAUCGAGGAUACAGUGAUACCUCUAGUGAUCGCUCACGCCACAUGCUUACACUCGCUACGAGACGAGUUGGGCCAACUCCGGUCUCAUCCAACCCGCAGGACCCACGGCCACGACCCCGACGAUCCCCGCGAUCUCGCAAUGGACAAGCUCUUGGACCUGCUGCAAGACAACAUUGAUAUCAUUAAGCGUGAUGUCUUGGCUUAUGCACGCGGAGGAAUCUCCCUUGUCGACCUCGAGGAUCCUGAUGUGUGGUCCGAGGAAGACGCCUGUACCUUCGCGCGGGCUAUCAUUGAGACAGCCGGUACCGACGCGCACGGCUCGAUUACGGCCGCAUACUACCUCCUUCGCAAUCCCUCGAUAUACGAUGACAACGACAAAGACAUCCUGCCCGGGCUGACUGCAGAUAGCGCGCAGGUGAAACAACAAGCAGAGCCUCAUGAGCCUUUGGAGACGCAGCAUGUCGCGCCGACAUCGGAGGCGUCUCAGAAUAUCGUGGAAGACGGAGCAUAG